UUGACCGUGUGGGCAACUGGAUGAGGAUCAGCAGUGAUGUGGUGAACUGUGGUGUUUAUGGCUCACUCCUGUUCCUGCCAAUUUCAAAUUUCCAACAAGUGGGAUUAAUUGUGCAACGAUGGCCGAAAGAAGCAGCAGUCGCUAUAACGGGUCGAGCUGACUGUCUAUUCCCAAUGAACGAAUGGUUGACCCGUCGCUCGCAUUGAACGAAUGGCGGUGACCAAGGAAUGGAAAUAGUCGCCUCCGGUAUUCGGUUUCAGCGAUUAAUUUCGGGAUGCAGAUCAAAAUACUAUUUGCGUGCAAACACUGCAGACAGAGAGGUUGUGUGUUUGACGUGGACAAAGGGCCGGUUGCUGAGCGGCGACAAUUCGCGGUGACUGACUGAAGAGGCCGCGGCCCGAACAAAGAUGGCGCCUGACGUCGUGCAAUCGUCGCCGUGGUAACCGUAAACAGACGAGGCCGGGGCCUGCGCCGGACGGCGGUGGUAAGGAGCAGCCCGGGGCAGCUCUGGCGCCAGGGCCAGGGCCAGAGGCACCGCAGUGUGUGUGCGUGAGAGAGAGAAAGACUGGGGGGCAGCAAAGAAUCAUCAGCUUGAUUGAACAGUAACUGCAGACAAACCCCCUGGAAUCAGCGUUCAGGAUGAAACUUCACGAGGAUCUAUUGGAGUCAGUGUUUGAAGAGCUUAUCUUCUAUCAAGUCUGAACGGGUUGCCUGCUGAGUAAAUUUUCUGGCUAAUUUCCAACCACAGUAUGCCAGUGAGGAGAUAAAAUGAAAUGCUGCAGCCAUUUUGGACACCACCACCAGACACACAGAAGCAAAUCUUUCAAAAAUCUAAAAUUGCCAUGGCAUCAUUGUGCCUAGUUAACACAUUGGAACUGGCAGAGGGAGGCUUUAAUCUUGAGAGCAAAGAUACCUGCAGGAUCAAGAACAAAAUGGCUGGUGGCAGUUGUCCCAAGGGCAAUGUUUCUGAGAAACAGAAUGAAUCAGUUCAGAGUAUGGAAGGAAUCAGAUUGAAACAUAAUUUCAAAUCCCAAUACUAUGAAGCCAAAAAGAUAACCAAGUCACCAGAGUCAUGGGUUAUAAAGGAUAUAAAAUUCCACAGGUCUCAAGCAAUUGCACCAGAGAUAAAGUCCGACCGACUGAGAAACUGCAAACUCCUCGUGGAGAAAGCAAUUAAGCUAAAAAAGAUAUUUACCGUCUUUGGACCAUAUCCAGUAAUCAGACAGUGUCUACGCCACAGAGGCUGGUUGGAGAAGAAGAUGUCGAAACCACCAAAAAGCCCUCAGAAAAGGGAGAAGAUAACGUUUGUGGAAAAUGAUCUAGAUGAUGGAAUUGGUGAUUCUGAUGGGUGUGAUUCUGACGACAAAGCGGGUGAUGAGAAAGACCUCUCUGAUGAUCCAGAUAGCAUCCAUGACAUUGUGUCUCGACUAUUGAAGAAUGAAAUGCCACAUUUUCUCUGGACAAAUGGAAUUGAUGGGCAGAACCUGCUAAAAGAUCAGAUUUUCAACCAUUUUUUGGGGGCUGGUUCCUUCACCACAAAGGCUGGACUUUGUGUAAAUCUCAGAAACUUUCAGUGGUUUCAUGGGGUGAAUCCAGACAAUUUUUUCCCACGAUGUUACAGGAUUGCAGUGGAAGAUGAAAAGCAAUCAUUUAUUGAGGAUUUCAGACUGACAGCAGCCCGAAAUAUUCUGAAGUGGGUUGUGGAACUGAAGAAGGCAACUAACAGUAUGCAUAAGGACCAAGAAAACAAAGAGAUGACAUCAAAUACCUCUGCUGAUGAAGCUUUUCAAAGAGAGCCGCAAAGAAAACGUGGGAUUGUUUCUGUCACGCUGAUUGAGACAGCACUCCGUGCCUGUGAAGAGUAUUUAAACACCAUGGAACACAAGGAUAUUGAUGUGAGUCUUGACACGCCACCAGCAGUCACAGAAAAAUGCUGGGAAGAAGCUAUACAGCAGUACUACAGGGUUAUUCAUGAUGGAGCAACAAUUCAAAAUUGGAAUAUUUAUGCUGAUAUGUGUGAACAAAUGCUGCAGCAACUACAGAAGGUGAACGCCCAGCUGAAGAUCGAAGGAAUGCGUAACAUCUGGAUAGUGAAACCUGGAGCCCAAUCUCGUGGUCGAGGAAUCACUUGUAUGGACCGAUUGGAGCAGAUCAUGAAGCUAGUUUACGGCCACCCAACUCUCUUUACAGAUGGCAAAUGGGUAGUGCAGAAAUACAUUGAACAUCCGCUACUAAUUUAUGGGACAAAAUUUGACCUGCGCCAAUGGUUCCUGGUGACAGACUGGAACCCUGUGACCAUCUGGUUCUAUAAGGACUGUUACCUGCGCUUCUCAACUCAAGCAUUCUCCUUGGAGAAUCUAGACACAGCAAUUCACUUGUGUAACAAUUCAAUCCAGAAACAUUAUGUGACCUCCCCCAGCCGCCACCCAUUAGUUCCUAAAGAUAACAUGUGGUCCAGCAAUCAGUUCAAGGAAUAUUUGAGCAAAAAUGGCUUCACAAAUACCUAUGAGGAUGUAAUCUCCCCAGGCAUGAAGAAGGCAAUUGUAAAUACCAUGCAGAUUAUGCAGGAUGUUGUGAAACCACGCAAGAACAGUUUUGAAUUGUAUGGAGCUGAUUUCCUGUUGGGAGAGGACUUCAAACCAUGGCUGAUUGAGAUUAAUUGUAGUCCCACCAUGUCAGCCUCUACACCAGUCACCGCCGCUUUGUGCAGCAGCGUUCAAGAGGACACCAUCAAAGUAGUUAUUGAUCGGAAGAAUGAGAAGACGUGUGACACAGGCCAGUUCGAGCUCUUAUAUAAACAGAAUACAACAAACAUUCCUCUGUACCUUGGAAUAAAUUUGCUGGUUGAAGGAUCAAACAUCAAGAAACCAUCCCUGUUGACUCAGAGGAAUAAUAGCUCAGGGAUGCACCUCUCUCAAAUUGCGCAAAGACCUAUUGCUGCCAAAGUUCUGAACCACCAAAAUUCUCUGAACCUCGACGAAAACAGAUCAGCCAAAACUGAAAAUGCCAAAAAUAAAGACGCUUCAAAAGUGUCCAUCAACCCAAGCAAACCAAAACAUUCCUUUAUUAGCAGAAAACAUGAACUUGCAAACCAUCUGCUCAAUCCCAAUAAUUUCAUUAAUGCAAAGAAUCCUUUUAUGCUUAAUUCUGGCAAUGGAAAAAAUCAUUUAAUUCCCAGUCCUUACAAUGUUGGAAAAAUGCCAUUGAAACUCACUCAUUCCAGCAAUGCAAAUGAUUCUUCAGCCCCCAAUAAAUCUAACACAAACCAUUGCCCAAUCCCGCAAAAUUCGAACAACACUAAACAUUUAACUCCCAGUAACUGUAGCACUACAAAUACAUCAAGCGGUGAUAAUUGUGGCGUUGCAGAGAUUGCAUCAUAUUCUAAUGAUUCCAGCAUUAAAAAGGAUUCACUGAAUGUUGUUAAUUCCAGUAUCACAACAGAAAAAUUGAAUUCCAAAAACUCCAAUACUGCAAACAAUCCUUUAAAUCCAAACAUUUCCAGAAAUACAGAAACUACAUUAAAUGCCACUGAUCCCACCAACACAAACAGUCAGUUACAAACCAGUAACGUUACCAUUACAAACAAUUCUCCAUUUCCCAUUAAGACCAACAAAAAAUAUCCUUUCUUUUUCAAUAAUUCUAGUAAUGUAAAUAACACAUUGCCCAAUCCCAUUACUUCAAAGAGUUCCACCCUUUCUCAGGAUUCCAACAAUAUCCUCCAAGAUCACAAUGGUCCCAAUCAUUAUGGCAAAUGUAAAACACACAACAUUUCCAAAAACCACAGGGCAAAGAAUUCACAUGUUUCCAAAAAUAUCCACAAAAUAAGAAAUCGUGGUGCUCACUCCGAUAAGACGGCAAGUGAUUUAAGUGACGGCAGUGCUCUGGACUCAAGUUCUGCAAAGGCUUUGGAUGAUCUGGAAGAAACCAAAAAUAACACUGUUGACACAGCUCAGGAAGGUGCAACUGAAAACGUUACCAAGGAUGAGUCUUGUGACAAAGUGGAGCAGCAAAAUGAAAUGUCAAAGCUUAGCAAGGCAGGUGGAAACAAAGGAACUGGAAAACUGCAAUUGCCACCUAAGACCAAAUUUUCACAGGUGAGCACAUCUGUGAGGAACCUCCUCUUGCCUGGUCAACAGUUACUCAGAGACCCCUUCCGGGUGAAGUUGAACUAUCUAAGCUUAGACCUGUUGCAUUUUAAAGAUUCGCAGCACCCAAGAGCUUCAAGUACCACAGAUGCAAACAAAAUCAGGGCUCUUCACGAAAAGUCUAUUCCAUUGCGUUACUCGUACAAUACACCACGGUUACAAUUGACGGACACUAAUAUUCCACAGCUUCAUAUUACUGGUUUGCAUCCUCAGUUUAAGGCAUCAAGCGACAUCAACAACAAGUAUAUAGAAACCCAACAGAACGCAACCAUCAAUCUGAUGAACAGACAUCUGCUGACAAGCUACUUCCCACUCUUUCAGUAACACAAUUGUUGUCUUAUCUAUUGGUUUCAUUAUAAGGACUGGGCUUCUUCAAUCAUUUGAGUAUUUGCUGGCAGGUCCUCUGCAGCCCUUCCAGUAUUUUGAGGUCCAUCCCAGUAGACCCUUUGCACUGCUUCCAUAAGAGGCCAUCUUUGCGGAUCGAUUCUUUCCAGGUCAUUCACCAGAAAAAGAGUGAUGCUUUUUCUUGCAAGUUCUCUUCGGAUAUUUAUGCCCUGGAAGAUCAUUUUUAUGUAUAAAACGCUUUUAUCUUGUUGAACAUUGACGCUAGUAGACAGCACUUGCAUAUUCUAAAGCAAUUUGUUUCUUUUAAAAGAUAAUGUUUUGUAAUAGUUUAAAAGACAACUGUGCUCAUCUCAGGUGAUAUAGUUGUAUCUAGGAAAUUGUAAGUCAUUUUAAUAAUGAAUGAAUCAGACAUUUUGUUAUUAUCAUUGGUAUGUUAUAGACUAUUGUUUUUGUCUUAUUAAAGUUCUACCUCCUUUUACAUAUAGUAAUCGGCCAGCUAAACUGAAAAUGUUGCAAAUAAAUUGAAAUAUGCAACGAAAAAUAACAAAAUAUAUGUAAAUAAUUAGGUAUGAAAGAUACUUAAUAUAACAGAUAAGAAGGAAUCAAAUACUGUUCCAUGUGGUAAAAUGUGUAUGGACCUGACACCAUCUAUUAAUAUUUUCUAUUUUCUGUUUUCAAAACUACAAUAUCUGUUGAUUGGUUACUGUCAUAGCACCGUCCCAACAUUCGCCAUGGUAAACUAUUGUAACCACAGUUAUAAAACACUGAUGUGCUCAUAAUCACAGAAUCAAGUGUUUCAGCCAGUGUUAUCACAUAUCUAUCAGCAUCCCUGCCAAUUUGCGGGAGUGCUCAACUUUGACUCUGGACCUUAUUACAUUUGAUGAAC